AUGUUGAUCAAGGCCCUUACUUCAUCCGUCGGAAGCUUUAUGCCAUCUUCCAUGAGUGGUAGCGUAGUUGGUUCCUCUGGUAGCUCUGGAUCAUCCCAAGGUGGUAACUCAACAGCUGGUUGUGGUCCAUGCGGUCCUGUGAGCCACACCUACCAGGAGUUUGUGGCCUAUCCAGUGUGCUACCCAUGUUACCCACCACCAUGCUACCCAUGCUUCGUUCCUCCAGUCUGUGGCAGAUACUGUUAA